AUGGGCCAAUACACGCAGAUCCAUAACGGCCUGGGCUGGUUAGGUCUCGAGGACGGGCCCGAGGGUGAUGAGCUUAGCUUGGCGGACCAACCGGUCAAGUGGGCUGAACCAGAAGUGGAUCAGAGGGGGCCGGGCGGGCUGAGGAGGACCGCCGAACCGGGUGGGCGACCAGGAAUCGGUCGGGCAGCUGCUGACCGAGCCGAGAUGAAUCAAACCGGGCCGGGUCGGGCCGGCAUGGGUCGACCGGAGGUGGGCCGGACCAGUCAUCGCCCGAGUCCGACUGCUCAGCAUCACAGGAGGGUGGACAGCAGGGAACCAGACAGUUGGGAGGGUCCAUACGCGGUGCCUCCUGCGCCAGGAGGGUAUCCGAACUUGCCAGGCAGCUACCCGGGUGACUAUGGCCAGGGGAAUCCGAACCGGAUGUCGGGCUCUUCUUUUGGGUAG